GAUUAGUUGCUGUAGGUCACGUGAUUCGAUAACCGUUGUUCCAUUGGAGAAACGGUGAAACUGUUGAUAUAUGACAUAGAGAAAGUUUAUCGGUUUCAUAAACGUAAGACGAAAACCGUACAAGCAGCAAUUGAAGGAAAAAUGGAUCAGCAACAUUGGACAUACGUCACAUUAAUGAUUUUAAUGAUCUUCGUCAGUAUUUGCAGAACUGUCGAAGAUGAUCAACCAACGAUAUACGAACUGGCGAACAAGUGGAUACGAUUUUGGAAAAAUACAGAUGAAAGUGAAUCGGAUAUAAAAAGAGCUAAUUACGAUAAAUCCAGACCAAGAUAUAAUCCCGGAUUAGCCAUGAUUGGUUUGGGAAAGCGUAAAAACGAAAAACCGAAAUAUAAUCCAGGAUGGGAAUUCAUCGGCCUUGGUAAAAGAAACAUGGAUCAGUUGGAACUGAAAGAAGGAGACAAUCUAUCAUCAUCUAAUUUGGACAUGCAGUACGAUCGUUACUUUAGUCUUCUAAAUCUUAAUAAUAUCAGUAAAUUUUUCGAUCAUCUAAAAAGAAAACUGGAAGAAAUUAAGAAACCCGAUUAUAAAACCGAUGAAGAAUUGGCUAUCAUCGGAUUGAAACCAUCUGAAGAUUAUGACAAAAAAUCCAGUAAACAAAAAUAUUGGAAAGAUAAUCUACGUCCUGUUUAUAAUCCUAAUUGGGAAAUAACAGGGCCACGAAAGAAAUAAUGUUCCUGAAAGCAAAAAUAAAAUAAUAACUAAUAUUCGAAUUAAUCGGAUUUCAUUGGAAAAUUAAUUUUUUCCUGUUUUGGUUUAUAAUAAUUUCAUGUUGUACGGAAUAAAUUUUUGUGAUCACGAAUUUUAUUUUCCAAAAAAAUAAAUAAAUAAAUUUAAAUACUUGACAAGAUUUCUCACUCGUUCGCUGUAAGAUAUAUAUAAUUUUUUUUU